AUCUAGCUCACAGCACCACAUCUCAACACUGUGGGCCAGCUAGGCUAUCUAGCUCCAGUAUCACAUCUCAACACUGUGGUCCAGGCUAGGCUAUCUAGCUCACAGCAUCACAUCUCAACACUGUGGCCAGCUAGGCUAUCUAGCUCACAGUAUCACAUCUCAACACUGUGGCCAGCUAGGCUAUCUAGCUCACAGUACACAUCUCAACACUGUGGCCAGCUAGGCUAUCUAGCUCACAGUAUCACAUCUCAACAACUGUGGCCAGCUAGGCUAUCUAGCUCACAGCAUCACAUCUCAACACUGGUGGCCAGCUAGGCUAUCUAGCUCACAGCAUCACAUCUCAACACUGUGGCCAGCUGGGCUAUCUAGCUCACAGCACCACAUCUCAACACUGUGGCCAGCUAGGCUAUCUAGCUCACAGCAUCACAUCUCAACACUGUGGCCAGCUAGGCUAUCUAGCUCACAGCAUCACAUCUCAACACUGUGGCCAGCUAGGCUAUCUAGCUCACAGCACCACAUCUCAACACUGUGGCCAGCUGGGCUAUUUUUUUUUUUUUUUUUUUUUUUUUUUAGUCAGCCAUUAAUGUGGCCAGCUGGGUCUAUUCUAGCUCACAGCACCACAUCUCAACACUGUGGCCAGCUAGGCUAUCUAGCUCACAGCAUCACAUCUCAACACUGUGGCCAGCUAGGCUAUCUAGCUCACAGCACCACAUCUCAACACUGUGGCCAGCUAGGCUAUCUAGCUCACAGCAUCACAUCUCAAACACUGUGGCCAGCUAGGCUAUCUAGCUCACAGCACCACAUCUCAAACACUGUGGCCAGCUAGGCUAUCUAGCUCACAGCAUCCACAUCUCAACACUGUGGCCAGCUAGGCUAUCUAGCUCACAGCACCACACCUCUCAACACUGUGGCCAGCUAGGCUAUCUAGCUCACAGCAUCACAUCUCAACACUGUGGCCAGCUAGGCUAUCUAGCUCACAGCACCACAUCUCAACACUGUGGCCAGCUAGGCUAUCUAGCUCACAGCACCACAUCUCAACACUGUGGCCAGCUAGGCUAUCUAGCUCACAGCACCACAUCUCAACACUGUGGCCAGCUAGGCUAUCUAGCUCACAGCACCACAUCUCAACACUGUGGCCAGCUAGGCUAUCUAGCUCACAGCAUCACAUCUCAACACUGUGGCCCGCUAGGCUAUCUAGCUCACAGCAUCACAUCUCAACACUGUGGCCAGCUGGGCUAUCUAGCUCACAGCACCACAUCUCAACACUGUGGCCAGCUAGGCUAUCUAGCUCACUGCACCACAUCUCAACACUGUGGCCAGCUAGGCUAUCUAGCUCACAGCACCACAUCUCAUCACUGUGGCCAGCUAGGCUAUCUAGCUCACAGUAUCACAAUGCCAGUACUGUGUGCGCGCCCAGGUCACUCCUAGCACCACAUGCCCAUAUGUGGUUAGCAUGAGUCAUAGAAUCAACCCAGAAAUAUAACUCCUUCUGCAACAAGACCUUGUAGAAUGUAGAUGUUUGUCUCCUGGUGGCGGUCGCUAAGUCUCAGUACUUUGCCUAGGUAACAGCUAGCACCGUGCUGUAUGAGGUUGGCAUGAGUCAUAGAAUUAACCCAGAAAUGUAACUCCUUCUGCAACAAGAACCUUGAUAUUUUGAGUUAGAUGUAUAUUUAUAUCUCUAUGUUGCACAUGUCAUGUUGUCACAAUAUAGAUUUCUUUAUCAAUGUUACAUGAAUGUGUGCUUUUAUAUCAGGUAAUCAUAAUUCAUAUAGUAGCUUUUGGUUGUGAUAUAAGCUAUCCAAAAGGAAAACAUAAUUUCAUGUUUAAAUGUACGUCAUAUUUUUCCAGGUGAUAAUCCUAUGGAACUGUGACAAGCCCCUCCCGGCCAAACACCGCUGGCCUGCCACCUCUGUACCUGUCCUGGUCAUAGAGGGGGAGAGCAAGGUGAGUCCUCUGUACCUGUCCUGGUCAUAGAGGGGGAGAGCAAGGUGAGUCCUCUGUACCUGUCCUGGUCAUAGAGGGGGAGAGCCAGGUGAGUCCUCUGUACCUGUCCUGGUCAUAGAGGGGGAGAGCCAGGUGAGUCCUCUGUACCUGUCCUGGUCAUAGAGGGGGGAGAGCCAGGUGAGUCCUCUGUACCUGUCCUGGUCAUAGAGGGGGAGAGCCAGGUGAGUCCUCUGUACCUGUCCUGGUCAUAGAGGGGGAGAGCCAGGUGAGUCCUCUGUACCUGUCCUGGUCAUAGAGGGGGAGAGCCAGGUGAGUCCUCUGUACCUGUCCUGGUCAUAGAGGGGGAGAGCCAGGUGAGUCCUCUGUACCUGUCCUGGACAUAGAGGGGGAGAGCCAGGUGAGUCCUCUGUACCUGUCCUGGUCAUAGAGGGGGAGAACAAGGUGAGUCCUCUGUACCUGUCCUGGUCAUAGAGGGGGAGAGCCAGGUGAGUUCUCUUCUCCUAUAGCUUCACAUACAUCAAUAUGCUUAUGAAUACAGAGAAAAGUCUAAAUAUAGCCCUAGUAAGCACAUUCUAAUGAUAUCUAGUCAUUUGUAUUGAUUGUUCUAAUGAUAUCUAGUCAUUUGUAUUGAUUGUUCUAAGAUAUCUAGUCAUUUGUAUUGAUUGUUCUAAGAUAUCUAGUCAUUUGUAUUGAUUGUUCUAAUGAUAUCUAGUCAUUUGUAUUGAUUGUUCUAAUGAUAUCUAGUCAUUUGUAUUGAUUGUUCUAAGAUAUCUAGUCAUUUGUAUUGAUUGUUCUAAUGAUAUCUAGUCAUUUGUAUUGAUUGUUCUAAUGAUAUCUAGUCAUUUGUAUUGAUUGUUCUAAGAUCUCUAGUCAUUUGUAUUGAUUGUUCUAUGAUAUUUUGUCAUUUGUAUUGAUUGUUCUAAUGAUAUCUAGUCAUUUGUAUUGAUUGUUCUAAUGAUAUCUAGUCAUUUGUAUUGAUUGUUCUAAGAUCUCUAGUCAUUUGUAUUGAUUGUUCUAAUGAUCUCUAGUCAUUUAAUUGAUUGUUCUAGAUUGCAUUAUAUGUUCUAAGAUAUCUAGUCAUUUUAAUUGAUUGUUCUAAGAUAUCUAGUCAUUUGUAUUGAUUGUUCUAAGAUAUCUAGUCAUUUGUAUUGAUUGUUCUAAGAUAUCUAGUCAUUUGUAUUGAUUGUUCUAAGAUAUCUAGUCAUUUGUAUUGAUUGUUCUAAGAUAUCUAGUCAUUUGUAUUGAUUGUUCUAAGAUAUCUGGGAUUUGUUUGAUUGUUCUAAGAUACUGUUUGUUGAGUUUUAGGUUUUAGCAGUUGUUUUCUAAAAAUAUUCAAAGUAAAAUUUUUAUUGAGGUGAGUAAGGCCCAUAGUUGUUCCUGAAAAUUUUAAGGGGACAAAGGGUUUCUUUUUUCUGCCCUUUUCUAUGACCCAUCAACAGAGCGUCUUAAUCUGACGAGGCCCCGUCCUCUAAACUAAAGGGGAGGUUUAUACUGGAGUGUUCCCGUAUUAAAACUAAAGGGCCCAGUUCUGUUCACCAUUUCUAUAAAUGACAUGGGCAAAGCUAUGAAAAAAAUGGUCAACUUCAUCUGUAUGCUGAUGCACUGUCACAACAGGUGAGCUGAAGCUGAAUGGGAGGAUUGCGUGUUAUACUGGAGCUGCCUUACGAGCUUUAGGUGCUCAAUGGUGCCACUCUCUCCCUUUUGCAGGUGGACUUUGCUUUCACAGUGUGGCAGAGUUUCCCAGAGAGGAUUGUGGGAUACCCGGCCAGGAGUCAUUUCUGGGACAGCAACAAGGAGAGGUGGGGUUACACCUCCAAGUGGACCAACGACUACUCUAUGGUCCUGACAGGAGCUGCUAUAUACCACAGGUGAGACGGCGGGCACGACGCUACAGACCAAACCUUCUCCUGGAGACCUACUAGAUGUCCGGGCUUUUGCUCCAGCCCUUAGCCAGUGAUUAAUAGAAUCAGUUGUGUUAGAUUAGGGCUGAAACAAAACCGGGCAGGAGGGUAGUUAGCUCUCCAGGAGUAGGGUCGGCUACCGUUGAGCCGCAACUUUGACUGUUUCAUAUCAAAACAGCUAUAGGGGAACUGACUGAAGUCUAACUCCAACUAAUGUUACCUGUCCUCCAGAUAUUACCACUACCUGAACACCAGCUACCUGCCGGCCAGUCUGUCUAAUCCUAACUCCAACUGA